AUGAUGCUGAUUUUCGCUCGAGUUUGUGAUGGUGAGACCUUGCCGCUGGUGUUGGACCCACGUUCAUCAAUACGCUUAGUAAAGGAAAAGAUCUCAGGAAUAUCACGAUUUCCUUCCGCUUUGCAACGGGUUUCUUACCAUGGCUCUCCACUUAAUGACGAAGAAUCGCUUCUCGACAUCGGCAUAGAGGAUCUUGCUUGUCUGGACGUCAAUUGCGAUUUACUUGGUGGCGCCAAAAAACGGAAGAAAAAGGUUUAUUCUACUCCCAAAAAAAUCAAACACAAGAAGAAGAAGGUUCAAUUGGCGACAUUGAAAUUCUACAAGGUGGGAUUAUAG